AUGACUGAUCAAUCUUCAUUAUCAGCUAAUUUAAAACAAUUUUUAACUGAAGAACAGAUUGAAAUUGAACGACAACGACGACAAGCUGAUUGGGAACGUGUACGAUCAGCAGCUGAUCCAAUUGAAGCACCAGCUGAAGUAUUUGAUUCACGAUCUCUUUAUGAAAAACUUAAAGUACAACAUGAUACUAAAAAAAAAGAAUAUGAAGAUAUGUGGGCAGCAAAAAAUUCAAUUCGUGGUCUUGAUGAAGAUGAAACAGACUUUUUAACUCGUUUAGAUCAUGCAAAAAUUGAAAAACAACGUGAAUUAAAACGAAUGGAACAAGAAGAAAUUGAAGAAUUAAAAAUAUCCUUUUAUUUUUUUUUAACAAAAAAGAAACUAUUUUUCCUUAACUCCAUAAAAUACAAGGCUCAAAAAGAAUUAGAAACUAUUUCAACAAAUACUCGUCCAAUAUCAACUAAACAACAUAUUACACCACCAGUAGUUAAUAAACAAAAACAAUUACUCAGUGGAAUUGUUAAACGAAAAAGUUCAACAAAUGAAUCAUUAAAACGUCCAUUAGAAGAUGAUAAUGAAGAAGAUGAUCAACAACAAAUAAAAUUAGAACCACCAGCUCGAUUACCACGUUUACUUAUUCCAGGUGGUCGUUUACCUGGAAUAGGUCCAGCUGAAGGUUUUACAGAUUCAUCUGAUUCAAGUGAAAGUAGUGAUGAAGAUGGUCUUUCUCGAUAUUCAAAUAAUGCUGGUAUUCAAUCAUCAAUAGCACAACGAAAAAAAUUAGUUAAACAAUUACAAGAUAUUGCUGCUGCAUCAACAGGUGGUGGCGAAUGA